CAGAGAUCACAACUCUUCACUGGAAAUUAUGAGCGCCGUAAAAUGUAUGUACUAUUGAUCACCGUACUUACGAUCGGUCUGGUAAGCUCCACCUUGGUGGAAAAUGAACUGCUGCAACACCAACCCAACAAGACGUCUAUGAAGGAAGAGCACCUGAACGUAUCGAGCAACAACCUGGAGGUCAACAGACGUAUUAGAAAACAACGGUCGACGAAACAUGCUAAGAUAUCUAAAUCGUUAUGGGGAAGUAUUUUGUAUCGAAAUAAAUUUAUCUUCGACAGAGAAUUCAACUAUCCGAACGUUCUUUCGGGAAAGCUGAAACCGAACGGGCACAACUGGUUUACCAUCCUUCCAACUCCUGUGCUGACGCAUACAGUGUCUCUCCGCACGAUUGUUGGUUUGUAUAUAACUACUUUGGGACACAAAAGAAUCAAUAAGGUUAUGUCUGAAGCUGUAAGGUUCCGUAAGGACAGUGAAACAUUUACUAAAUCCCAUUGGGCUGAAUCUCACCUCCUGUAUUAUAUUACGUUCUUGAAAGAAGGGAUUUGUACGUUUGGUAUAGUCAGCUUAAACAACGAUAUUUAUGAAAACGACUCGUCUUAUACUCAUUUUCUCCUGGUUACCAAUGAUUACCUCUUGACUUCUGCGUACCUCUACAAGCACGCUGUGUCCAAAUACAAACAGAUCUAUAGCAAAAUAUCCUUCCCCAGUGUGCUAAACAUCAUGAAACGGUGUCUUAGCAACCUGCCUUCUGCCAGACAAUGCAAGAACAACAAAAGUGACAUUCUCACCAAAUAUAAAUGUUUACCAUAUUGCAAACGGGACAAUUCAUGUCAUAAAAAAACUGAAUCUUUUCCAAAACUAAUGACCCAUGUUUUAUAUUUCUUUAUUUCAGAAUUCUCUGCCUAUCAGAUGGAAUAGAUGCUUUCAACAGCGAACGAUUUCGUCUCUUCAAAUAGUAGACAGAGAUAAAAGGCUGGGUUGGGUGGAUAUGAUAUUACGAAUCGAAAUUAUCUAAAUUUAUAAACUUCAGUUCUUACCAAUUCUAGACAUACCACUUCAUUCUUUUUUUGUCAAGAUCAAAGAAUAAUAUAAAUUUAUAUUCCUAUAUUUGUUCAUUAUUUUCAAAAGUAACCAUAAAACAAUUUGAAGAGUAAUAACCGUUUCUAAUUUAGACACAA